GUUGGAUUUAAAGGGGCUGCGCGGCUGAGGGCCGGGUGCUGUCGGGCUGGGCUCUCGCCCCGCCCCGGGACUGCGACCGGGACUGAGACCGGGACUGCGACCGCCGCCGUCACCGAGACUGAGCGCCGAGCAGGGCUGCAGAAGCAGGACUAUGUCCACCAUGGUGUACCCUAGGGAGGAGAAACUGGACAAGUUGAGCCAAGAAGAGAUAAUUUCCAACACCAAGCUAGUGAUGCAGGGGCUGGAGGCACUCAAGAAUGAGCACAACUCCAUCCUGCACAGCUUGCUGGAAACCAUAAAGUGCCUGAAGAAAGAUGAAGAAGCCAAUCUCGUGCAUGAAAAAUCCAACCUGCUCCGCAAGUCAGUGGAGAUGAUCGAGUUGGGGCUUGGAGAAGCUCAGGUGAUGAUGGCAUUGUCCAACCAUCUGAACGCUGUGGAGUCAGAGAAGCAGAAGCUGCGUGCUCAGGUCCGGAGGCUGUGCCAGGAGAACCAGUGGCUGCGUGAUGAGCUUGCCAACACCCAGCAGAAGCUGCAGCGCAGUGAGCAAACCGUGGCUCAGCUGGAGGAGGAGAAGAAACACCUUGAGUUCAUGAACCAGCUGAAGAAGUAUGAUGAGGAUGUCUCACCUUCGGAGGAGAAGGAGGGUGACUCUGCCAAGGACUCUCUGGAUGAUCUGUUCCCGAAUGAGGAGGAGGAGCAUGGUCCUGGAUUGCCCCACCAGCACAGUAGUGCAGUGGCAGCUGCCCAGCAGGGAGGCUAUGAGAUCCCUGCACGCCUGCGCACGCUCCACAACCUUGUCAUCCAGUACGCCUCACAGGGACGCUAUGAGGUGGCUGUGCCGCUCUGCAAGCAGGCACUGGAGGACCUGGAGAAGACAUCGGGCCACGAUCACCCUGAUGUGGCCACCAUGCUCAACAUCCUGGCACUAGUGUACAGGGAUCAAAACAAAUACAAAGAGGCAGCACAUCUCUUGAAUGAUGCACUCUCCAUCCGUGAGAAGACUCUGGGCAAAGACCACCCAGCGGUGGCAGCAACUUUGAACAACCUGGCUGUUCUGUAUGGCAAGAGAGGGAAGUACAAAGAAGCAGAGCCACUGUGUAAGCGGGCCCUGGAGAUACGUGAGAAGGUCCUGGGUAAAGACCAUCCUGAUGUAGCCAAGCAACUGAACAAUCUAGCCCUGCUGUGCCAGAACCAGGGCAAGUAUGAUGAGGUGGAGUACUAUUACUGCAGGGCUCUGGAGAUCUAUGAGAGCUGCCUGGGUCCUGAUGACCCCAAUGUGGCCAAGACCAAGAACAACCUGGCCUCCUGUUACCUGAAGCAAGGCAAAUACAAAGAUGCGGAGGUGCUGUAUAAGGAGAUCCUCACCCGUGCUCACGUGAAGGAGUUUGGCUCUGUGGAUGAUGAACACAAACCAAUCUGGAUGCACGCAGAGGAGAGAGAGGAGAUGAGCAAGAGCAAGCACAGAGACAGCGCUCCCUAUGCUGAGUACGGCGGCUGGUACAAGGCCUGUAAGGUCAGCAGCCCGACGGUGAACACCACACUGAGGAACCUGGGUGCUCUGUACCGGCGCCAGGGCAAGCUGGAGGCAGCCGAGACCUUGGAGGAGUGUGCGGUUCGCUCCCGGCGGCAGGGCAUUGACCCAAUCAACCAGACAAAGGUGGUGGAGAUCCUGAAGGAGGGCGAUGGCACAGAGAGACGUCGGAGCCUGGGGGGCAGCGUCAAGUAUGAGAAUGCCACAGACGGUAGCGAGGAAGCUUAAAUGCCUCCCGAGACUCCCUCUUUCCCCUCCACCGCAAUCACCUGGAUGUUUGUGUUGUAUCUUCCGACCUUUCCUCCACACCAUCCCUCCUUCCUCGGCAAGGACUCCACGCCAGCCCCCCAACCCUCCUGGCGCGAGGGCACCGCCAUGCCUGCAGAGGAGUGAGGUCCUGGCCAGCGCCAGCCCCAUGGCCAGCAAGAGCAGGAAGAAGCUGCGAGGAGCUGCCUGCUCCCCUAGGCCAGGGCGAUGGGCACUGUCCCCUCGCGUGCCCCCCCCAGCCUGUCCUUGCUGGGGACCAGGCCUGCAGGGGAUUGUCUUCACUCCAGGCGUUCCGACUGCCAUCAGUAGCCAUCCUCAGCCCUCCUAGCUUGUUCCCUCCACCUCUGCAGAAGCCAGGAGAGAGGCAUGAAGAUGGGCAGCCCUUGUGGGACAGGGAGGCCUGGCCUUGGCAGGGCUGUCAUGUGCCCAGUUGCUUUCUUCCCUGUAGGCUUAGCUGAUGUUAGUGCCCUGUAGCAAACCUGCGCUGGCCACUGGUGAGCUGGGCUCUCCCUGCAGCAUAGGGCAGUCCCUGUCUUGCUGUUCUCCUCCCUGCUGAGCUCUGUGAUCUAGCGGCAGCGUGUGGGCCUCUGUAGGGCCACAGGAACAUAGGGUGGCCUGUAGCUACUGUACAUCCAGGACAAGGUGAGGGGGUGACUGCUAAGGGCCAUGCAUGAAGCAGAGACUUGCCAGGACAAGAUGUUUGGUGGCAACCUCCUGACCUGAUGCUAUAGCCUAGUUCCUGAUGGCAUUAAGGGGUGAAUCGGCUCCCCCUUGCUCCAGGGUCCCCAGGCAUGGCUGCUGGGAGAGGUGAGGUGAAUCUGUUCACUGUUCCAUGCAGGCAGAGGAAGGGCAGGAGGAAAGCAGAGCUUUCCUGCAGGGGCCAGGCCCCAUGCCUUUCUAAGUGGUUGAUACGGGGAAUGGGCUGGUUUGGAGCAGAGUGGUUGGGAGAAAAAUGUGCAAAGAAGGAUGUGAGGAAAGGAAGAGUUGGGGCUUGGAGUGUUCUGAGGAUGUGGAGGCAAAUGGGAUGGUUUGAGGGAGGUUUCCACAGGAGGAGAAGGAGCAGGUUAAUAAUGGAAGGGGAGAAAUUCCUGAAUACAGGAUCUGGCUGAGCAGGCAGGUCCCAGGCUGUGAGUUCCUGCCUGGCUGUCCCUAGCCAAGCGGGAGGAAGACUUGUAACCCUGUCCCUGCUAGGAAGACAGUGCUGACCCUGGUCAUGUGUGGAGGUAGCUCAGUGUCUCUGAUGGGACUCCAGACUGCACAGGGUCCGGUGCUGUCAGUCACUAUGGGAAAGGGGGAAGCUUCCCAGGGUCUUGAGCCUCAUCCCACCUCCUAUGGGAUGUGAACCCUGGCCCUCCUACCUGUGAAGGAAGCUGGGGAGCUGCAGCCAGCAGGAUAGGGCCCAGAGGCCAGCGCAGGAACCCAUUUAUUUAUUUAGCUAGCUAGUUUGUCUCAUGCUGUCAUUGGCAGGUUGUGAUACUAAAUGUGCUUGUGUCUGCCUGGGCCUGGCUUUCCGGUGGGGUGCAGAGGCCUUGGGGCAUGUGCAUCCUGAUGCCCUGGGAGCUUGUGCUUGCUGACAGGAGUGCAGAGCCCAGGGCUGAGUGCUCCAGGCUGUGCCUCCCCUGCCUCUCUCCCAGUGCUGCUCCAUGCUCUGGGGAGCAGUGAGUCCCCAGCACAGGCUGCAUUCAGGCCUGUGUGUGCUUUGCCCUGUGCUGGACCCGGUGCUGUAACAACCGUACCUCUGAUUAAAGGCAGACAGACCCGAA